CUACAUAGCGACGACAAGCGCGAAUGCAAUAAGCAAUACAACCACCACUAACAACAGCCAGCGCCACUACUACCACCGCGCCCACCACAACUAUCACUAUGCCCACCACCACUACCACCAAGAACAGCAAUAACAACUGAAACAACAACAAUAAUAGCCAUACUGACUGUUGUUACAAACCAACGAAAGGCCAACAGCACUGACCACCAUAAACAACAGUUGCUGCUGCGACUACUACUACUACAACCAAUACCACUCUGACCACUACAAAGAACAGUGACCACCACAAACAAACAAGACGACAAAUACAACGACAACAGUUGCGACCAGAAUUAGACUGGCCAGAAUUAGAGGAUCACGAAGCGUUCUGGCUUCCACGGACAGCAAUCACAACAGUACUGACCCACACCAGAUAACAACAGCAGCCAAAGUACAUUGCCUAUUGCAAAUGACGACAACAAUUGCGACAACUAUAGUGACCACCUCAAAAGGGAACUACAAUCACACAGAAGACCUUCUCAAACAGGAACAAUAACUGUAGCAAGAACCAUUCCGGCCAUCUCGGACGGCAAUCACAGAAUUGACCACUACGAAUAACAAUAAUAUUAACCAAAUACCGCAUUGAGCGUUGCAAACAACAGUAACAGCUGCAAGGACCAUUCUGAUCGCCACGGACAGUAAUCGCGCCAACACUGACCACCUCAAAUAACAGCAGUUGCCAAAAUUUACUAGACCACUAAAAAAAAAACAACUACAGCAAAAUAUCAUUCCCACCACAACCACCACCACCACUACCAUCAACAACAACAACAACAAUAACUCGAACAGCAACGACAACAACUACUACAGCAACGACAAUAGCUACGACAGCAACAACUAAAACUAGAACACUACCAAGAACAACAAUAUCGACAGCCCCAACGACAAUUAUUACGUUUAUUAAAUCCGUCAUAAUGAAAGCCGUGGCUACUGUUUUAACAUGUUGGAGCAUAAUGUCUCUGUUGAUGUUGUGUGUAGCUGACAGGGCCCCUGCAAACCCUUGUAUGUUUGUCGCCAACCAAACCAUAUUUCUAGCCGACCCCGAUGGUAACUGUUCUACCUUCUAUGUCUGUUCAAAUGGUCACUCACUUCAGCUUUCAUGCCAACCGGCCGGGGUCUGGAACGAAGAAACUUCGGCCUGCGUACCCCGAUAUUCAGUAUUCGACCACUGCAGCCGGAAGCAUACAGAUGAAGCUGUCUUCUGUGAGGAAGGCCUGAACGGCACCAAUCCCUACCAAGACAACUGUGCUCAUUAUUUCGAUUGCCAUCCGAUAUCUUCAAAUGGGGGCCGCCUGUUGAAACGUUCGGGUGAGUGCCCUUAUCCAAUGUUGUUCAACAGCGGCACUCGGAGAUGUGAGCCUUAUCGAUUUGUGCAGUGUGGUCCACGCUAUGAACCAACCGAACCAUGUGAAUAUUUGUCAAACCGCUGUCAAAUGGAAAAGAACUGUGAGCCUUGUCAGCAACGGUUCCCGUCUUGCACUCAGCUUGACGAUGGAUUACAACCUUGGACCGGACAACUUUGGACAUCGAAGUUCAUGACCUGCAAAGACCAACGUGUGCUCUACAGGGGUGACUGCCCAUCACCUAAUCUGCCUGGUAUCCAGAGUAUUUUCCACCCGACAUUGAAAAUUUGUGUCUCUGUUAAAGUGACUGAAUAAAGUAUUACCUUUGAUCGUUUCAUA